AUGAAUAAUAAUAUUGAUGACAAUGGAAAUCAAGAAAAUACACACCCAAUUUAUACUGAAACCAAGGUUGUAAUGGAUUACAGUACUGAUUUUCCUUCACUCCCUUUAAAUGCUGUCUCUGGUUCAACAAAAGGUUCUGGAGUGGCUUUGAAACCAUCUGUUAAAUGUAGCACUGUUACUCGUCGCAUUACUUUAACUGCCUCUGAAAGAGCUGGAAGACUUUAUGAAGGUGAAAGAGAAAUGGAUUGUGCUGAAGAAUCUAAAACAUCUAGAGAUGGUUCAUUAUGUAUUAUGGUUACUGGUAAAAGUCCAAAUGUUGAUGAUGCUCAGGCAAGAUUAAUACGUGAAUUACAAACUCAAAUAACAUUGAGUCUUAAAAUUCCAAAAGAACAUUUUGGUGCUAUUAUUGGUGCCAAAGGUGCUUCUUUAAAAAAACUCGAGGCUGAUUACUUUUGUCGUGUAAUAAUUCCAAAAGAAGACGAUGGAAGUGUUAAGAUAAUUGGUCCAAAAAUUCAUGCUAGUAAAUGUUGUGAUAAGAUUCUUGAAAUUAGUAGAGAACGAUCUAAGACAACCUCUGAGGAUUUGGAGAUUCCAAGGAAAUUCUAUCCAUGGAUUCGUGGUCCAUUUAAUGAGAAUGUUGAAAGAUGGACAAAUAGCGGAAAUGUUAAAGUUAACAUUCCACCUGUUAAUGUUAAUAGUGAAAUUAUUAAUGUCAAUGGUGAUAGAGAUGAUGUUAUUAAAGUUGUUGAAGAAAUUAAACGUAUUUAUAAUGAAAAACUUGAAAAAGUUCGUACUUUAUCUACAAAAGUACCUAUAUCUCAAAGACGUUUUAUUGUUGGAAAUCGUGGUUCUGGUAUUCAAGAGAUUUUGAAAGCAACAGAUUGUGCUGUUGAAAUUCCAACAGACGAUUGUGAUAAUGGUACUGUUAUUUUACAUGGAGAUCAGGAGAGAAUUGUUGAUGCUUUAUCAAUGGUUUAUGCACGUGCUGCUAGUAUUCUUUGUAAAGAAAUUCCAUGUCCACAAUGGAUGCAUCGUUAUUUGAUUGGUAGUAAAGGUACACAUCUUCAACAACUAUUUCCAGAUAAAGUUGCUUUGAAGAUUGAAUUUAAUGACAAUGGUACUGUUUAUAUUGAGGCUCCUCAACAAGAAUUUCAAACAAGUUUAGCUACACUUGAAGUUGAGAUUAACAGAAUUAGUAGUGAAAUGGAUCAUCAAAUAAUCUCUAUACCAGCUGAAUUUCAUCGUCAUAUCGUUGGGAAAGGUGGUUCAAAUAUUACCAAACUUCGUGAUGAUUAUGGUGUUUCAAUAGUUAUGCCUCCUGAAGAAACAAAUUCUCUUGAUGUUAUUAUUGAUGAUUUAAUUUCUAGAAUGGAAAAUGAAAAAACAAGAGACAUAAUUAUAGAACAUCGUUUCCACAGGAAGAUUAUUGGACCUAAGGGUGAAUCAAUAAAUAAAAUUCGUCAACAGUUUCCAUCAGUUAAUCUUUUUUUCCCUGAUGCCAAUGACAGUGACUGUGAUAUUAUACAAAUACGUGGUAACAAAAAUGAAGUUGAUAAAGUAUACACUUAUUUGACUAAAUUAAAUAAAGAAUUUAUUGAAUCAAGUUAUCAAGAAACUGCACCAAUCUUUAAGGAAUUUCUUAAACGUAUCAUUGGAAAAGGUGGAGUCACUAUUAAUAAAAUCCGUGAAGAGACUAGUACACAAAUUGAUCUCCCAUUGGAUAGUUCACCUACAGGAAAAGUCGUUGUUACUGGAAAAAAAGAAAAUGUUAGAAAAGCUAUUGAAAUGUUAACUAAAAUUCAAGAAGAAUUAGCUAAUAUUGUAAGUGUUGAUGUUCCAAUUCCUCCAAAAGCUCAACGUCGUUUCCUUUUCAAUGGUAGAAGACUUCUUACUGAUAUUGAAAAUGAAUGUGGAAAUGUUUUCUUUAACAUUAAAGAGAAAUCUAAUAAAAUUGUCAUUCGUGGCCCUAAGGUACCUGUUGAGAAUGCUGAAAAAUUGGUGAAAGAUCUUCUAAAAACUUUAAAUGAACAAACGGAAGAAGUUACAAUUGAAGCCGAUGCUUCAUAUCACAAAUUCCUUAUUGGAAAACAAGGUAGUAAUUUACAAGCUCUUCGUGAAAAAUACCCAACAGUAAGAAUUUUGUUCCCAGAAGAAAAAGCUGAAAAUGCUAAUAGUAUUAAUCUUAUUGGUAAAAACGACGAAGUUGCUGCUGUCAAGAAAAUCCUCGAAGCUAGAGUUGAGGAAUUAAAAGAAACUGUUGAAUUAACUGUUAAUGUACCAUUGGAAUAUCAAAGACAUUUCUUAAUUAAAGGUAGUGAGGUUCUUAAAGAAAUUCAGACUCAAAACGGAAAUGUCCAAAUUUUUUUCCCUAAAAUUAAUUCAAAUAGUACUGUUGUUACCAUUAAAGGUUCUGAAGUUUGUGCCAAAUCAGCUAAAAAUAGAAUUUUUGAAAUUGUUGAAGACUUAAAAGCUCAAGUUACCAUAGAAGUUAUUGUACCAAAUAAAUAUUUAAGAAAUAUUUUAGGAACAUACAAAAAUGCCUAUAAUGAUAUACUAAAGGAAAAUAAUGUUGUUGUUAAACUUCCAGAUCGUAGAUUAGUUGAGGAGUAUAAUGCUAAUGGUGUAUGCUUAGGUGAUAUUAUUAAUAUUAUUGGAAGACCUGAAAAUUGUGAAAAAGCUAAAAUUGCUUUGUUGGCUCUUGUUCCAGUUACUAAAGAAAUUGUUGUUUCAAGAGAAUUCCAUUCUGCUUUAAUUGGUAGAGGUGGUAAGGAUAUUAGAAAUCUUCAACAACUUUAUAAUGUAAGUGUUCAAAUACCAAAUGAAAGUGACAAUUCUGAUGUUAUUAAAGUUAUUGGACUAAAUGACAAAGUUGAUGAAUGUAUUGCUGAUAUCAAAGCUCGUGUUGAGGAACUUGAAAAGAUAGCUGCUGAUAAUAUUCUUAAGUCAUUCAAAUUAACAGUAACUAUUCCAAUUGAAUAUCAUCAAAAGUUAAUUGGAAGAAAAGGAGUUGUUGUUGCUGGACUUAGAAAUAAGUAUGAUGUCCAAAUUACUUUCCCAAAAGAUGAUGAUAAGAGUGAGGAUAUUAUUAUUCAAGGAUAUGAAAAGAAUUGCAACGAAUGUAAGGAAGAUAUAUUAGCUCAAGUUUCUCAAUGGGAAUCAAUGAUAACAAGGACAGUUAAGUUGGAUCCACGAUACCAUCCACGUUUAAUUGGUACUGGUGGAAGAAAUUUAAGAAAACUUAACGAAGAUUUUGGUGUUGAUAUUAGACUUCCAGCAAAGAAUGCUGAAGAUCCAUCUUUGGUUGUUAUUGCUGGCUAUACAGAUGAUGACAUUUUAAAUUGUAUUGAACAUCUCAAGAUUGAAGAGGAGGAUUACAUUGAUUUACUUAUUGAGCGUGGUCAAUACACUGUUGAACGUAAUGUUACUCCUGUUCAAAUUCAAGUAAAACGUUCUGUUGAGAUUACAGGUGCUCCAUGGCAGGUCAAUUCUCACGAACAAUUUCCAUCUAUAGGUUCAAAUAUACCUGUUAUUACCUUACCAGUUAAUAGCGUUUGGGGUUCUAGGUUACAUAAAUAA